ACUUUUGUCUGUUUGUAUUAGCCAUUAACAAGAAAUGGCUCCUAUAUGUAAUAAGUUUAAACCUAAGCAUAUGAAAUAUGAGAUUUUAUGUGCAAUAAAAUCAUGUCAAUCGCGAGGAUUACUUCAAACUGUCAAGUGGCUUGCCGAGUUGUCAGUAUCUUUAAAAUGUGAUCCUGAAACACCUCAAAGAGGUGAUGGCUGUGGGAAAUUUGUUAUUGGUUUUGAUGUAGAUGCUGAUGGACAACAUACUAAUCAAAAACCAUCUGAUAAUUUCACUCUGGCGAAGUCCUAUUUUGAUCUUGGUGAAUAUGAUAGAUGUGCACAUUUUCUUUCCCAAGAUACAAGUAAGUUAGGAUACUUCUUGCAUGUGUAUUCACGUUAUCUGUCUGCUCUAAAGACCAAACAAGUAAGCCAGAUUGACAAUCACAAUAUAGCAGAAAGAUCUCUGUCGAAAAAUGAAGACUUACGAACACUUCGUGUCGAACUUUGUAAAAAACACAAAAAUAAGGAACUAGAUUCUUUUGCUCUGUAUUUGUAUGGCAUUGUGUUAAAGAAAACAUCAGAUGGAGCUGCACAACAAAAUGAAGCAGUUAACAUACUAUGUCAAUCGGUGCGUGAAUAUCCAAUGAACUGGAGUGCUUGGUAUGAAUUAUCAACUGUUGUUGCUGAUCAAGCAAUGUUGGCAACUCUCCAUCUUCCAAAACACUGGAUGAGGGAUUUUUUUCUGGCACUCACUAAUGUUGAUCUUAUAAAUACUGAUGAUGCUAUCCCAAUUUAUAAUGAACUGAAAUUAGCAGGAUUUGCUGAAAGUACACACAUUAAAACACAAGAAGCAAUGGCUCAUCAUAAUAAAAGAGAAUUUGACGAAGCAAUCACAAUUUUGGAAGACAUCAGAAAAGAUGAUCCAUUCAGAAUUGAGCAUAUGGAUAUAUUAUCUAACAUGUACUAUGUCAAAGGCCGUAGAGCAGAAUUAGCUCAUUUGGCACAUCAUUGCACUCAAGUUGACAAAUAUAGAGUAGAAACAUGUUGCAUUAUUGGAAAUUAUUAUAGCAUAAGGUCUAACCAUAACAAGUCUGUUAUGUAUUUUCAAAGGGCUCUCAAACUUGACCCUCAUUAUCUUGGUGCAUGGACGCUAAUGGGCCAUGAAUAUACAGAGGUGAAAAAUACAUCUGCAGCAAUACAAGCUUAUAGAAAUGCUGUGGAUUUAAAUAGAAGAGAUUAUAGAGCUUGGUAUGGUCUUGGCCAAACAUACGAGUUACUCAAAAUGCCUUCUUAUUCUUUAUAUUAUUAUAAACAAGCUCAUAGACUGCGGCCAUUUGAUUCAAGAAUGCUCAUGGCUUUGGGUGACACUUAUGAAGCACUGCAAAGACCUGAAGAAGCAAAGAUGUGUUUCAGGAAAACAGUUGCGGUAGGAGAUAUUGAAGGAAUGGCCCAUGUUAGACUUGCCAAGUUGUACAAGACAGAAGACAAAAAAGAUUGGGCUGCACAUUAUUAUGAUCGUUUUGUGCAACAGCUUGAAGAACAUGGCAUUGUUGAAGGUACAUCUGCCCAUACAGAAGCCUAUUUAUAUCUUGCGAAUUAUCAUUUAAAAACAUCUAAAAAUCUUGAUGCUGCUACUCAUUAUGCUCACAAAUGCCGUGAAUACCCUGAGGUUCGAGAAGAUGGCAUGGCAGUUCUGCGUCAGGUAUCUCAAAUACGUGCUUGCGCAGGCUCAAGGAAAGAAGAAAGGCUUCCUGUCAAUUUUACACAACCUACCCCAAGUCACUUGCAAGAUAGUGUUGGCAUGGACACAGAUUCUCCCAGUGCCAAUUUUGCUCCAAUGAAACUAACAUUUUCACCGGGUCAGGCAGAUUCUGACACAAGCAAUUUGAUGUAAUAAACCAAUUAUUGAACAAAGAGUCCAGCAAUCUUUUCUUGCACACAAUGAUGUGAAUGUAUUUUGUAUUUGAUAUAAAAAUUAAGUUUGUGCAGUUGGCAUAUUAUGAGCAACCCUGUGAGAGCAGAAAGUGGGACAUGACCAACACAUUAUUCUGAACUGUCUGUCCUAUUUUUUUCUCAGUUAGCAAUUUCAAAACUGCAUAUAGUGAUGUCUCUUGCUUUGCUACCUCAGGACUGGCGGAAAUCUUGUGAUUAGCAAUUUUCAACUUUGGAAAAAUCAUUCUAUUAUUAAACAGGCUUAUAUAUGAAAUGAUAGCACAUGAUUUUAUGUAAAAUUUGGAUUGCAAAUUGAUUUGAAAUGAAAAACGACACAGUGAAUAAAAUGAAAUUCAGUUAGAUUGUA